AUGGCUUGCAAAGACCUCGAUGAUGGAGCCGUUAUCCGCCAGAAUCUCAUAACUGCAGAGAAUCCCGCAUCCUCCAGCGAAUGCAUUGCCGUAACAGCCGAGAGAGCCUACUAUCGUUGUGAUCGCUUCUUUAUAAAAAGGAGUCUCAGGCCGAGCGAAUUCCAAACAGGAUACAAAGGACUUCACAUUCCCCGGUUAGGCAAAGAAAGACUCCGGAAUGAGGCAGACUCGCUUCGGUUCAUCCGUCACUCCACCAACAUACCUGUUCCAACCGUCUACGGCGCCUUCGAAGUCGACAACGCUUUCUUUCUGAUAACGGAUUAUGUUGAUGGUACGGCAAUGUCCCGACUAUCGGAAGACAACAAGAAGAUUGUCAUGGAAGAACUCGAUCAGCACCGAGCUACGCUACAACAUAUGAAGUCUCGUAACAUUGGAGGGCCUUCGGGUAUUUUGAUUCCUCCUUACCGGAUCAUGCGUCAUACGACGAACGAUAUUUGGCCAACACGUUCAAGCGAAACACCUGAAUACGUCUUCUGUCACAACGAUCUUUCCCAGCAGAAUAUCAUUGUCGACCCUCAUAGCUUGAAGAUCAACGCGAUCAUCGACUGGGAGUAUGCCGGGUUUUUCCCGAAGUACUUUGAAUUCCCUUUCUAUCAACGGCUGGGCCCAUCUAUCGCAAUUGACGGCGAACAAGAUGACGUGCCGAAAUUACUCCAAUUCCUAGCUGAGGGAUUGUAA